GGCAGCGUGGAGUCACGUUAAGGUACACCUUCAUCGCCUCAGGCUGUGUUGUCAUCAUUAAGCAAAUCCCAGUGCACGUCUUCAAGUCCGGGGGCAACUUCAACAUCCUAGCUAAUCUUCAGGGCUGAAGCUGCAGACGAAAGCGAAGCGGCAAUGGCUUCAGCCGGCCUGGAGAUCCUGGGGAUGAUCCUGACUGUAGCCGGUUGGCUGGGCGUCAUGGUCGCCUGCUGUCUGCCCAUGUGGAGAGUUGCAGCGUACGUAGGCCAGAACAUUGUGGUCACUCAGAUCGUGUGGGAAGGUUUGUGGAUGAGCUGCGUGGUGCAGAGCACGGGACAGAUGCACUGCCGGGUCUACGACUCCAUGUUGGGGCUUUCGGACGACCUGCAGGCCGCUCGUGCGCUCUGCGUUGUAAGUGCACUGCUUGGUGUGGUGGGCAUGGCGCUGGCAGUGGCCGGGGCAAAAUGCACCAACUGCACCUCAGAUACCUCAAGCAAGCCACGCAUCAUCAUGGCAGCCGGCGGGACGUUCAUAACGUGUGGGCUUAUGCUGUUAGUGGCCGUGUGUUGGACAGCCAAUGGCAUCAUCCUGGAUUUUCACAACCCGCUCCUGGAGGAGACGCAGAAGAGGGAGUUUGGCAACUCGCUGUACUUCGGAUGGGGCGCUUCUUGUUUGCUGAUCCUAGGGGGAGCCAUUUUGUCGUGUUCCUGUUCUUCAAAAGCACAAAACCAAGCUGUGCAGACAAGAGCGGACUACUCAGGGGUAAAAUCUAUUUCUGUGAAGGCAUAUGACAGAAAAGACUAUGUUUGAGGGGUUGGAAUCUCUGCACAUUG